AUGUGGAGAGCGACAGGCACAAGAACAUCGCAUUGCUCUUCUCAUCUCCGAGUUUUCACACAUCACAGCAGGAAAAGGUGUCGGUAUUCAACGUCUGCCUCAAAGCCAGAUGAAUAUGAUGUUGUCAUUGUUGGAGGUGGACCUGCUGGGUUGGCGCUAGCCAGUGCUCUAGGGUCCAAGCAGGCCCUUCGUGAAACGCUUCGAAUUGCCCUUGUUGAAGCCAGUGACUUGUCAAAAGUGCAUGAUUGGUCGACUUCACCGAAUACCUUUUCCAAUCGCGUCAGUUCGUUAACAAAUGUGUCACAGGCAUUCCUAAGAGAUAUUGGCGCGUGGAAUGAAGUUGAUAGGGAGAGGACUGCGCCAAUAGAGGAGAUGCAGGUUUGGGACGGAAUUUCGGAUGCAAGGAUCUCCUUUUCUGCAUCGGAAAUAGGUUUGGAACACUCGGAGAAAGGCAUGGCACGUCUGACGGAGAAUCUCAACCUCCAGCGAGGUCUUUUGCGACUCCUCCAUAAAAUUCAGGGCGUUCAUAUUGUGGACAAAUCCAAGGUUCAUUCAAUCACAAGCACGGGCCCUGGAACUUGGCCGUUAGUGCACCUGGAUAACAAUCAAACCUUGAAAGCUCGUCUUCUUGUGGGCGCAGAUGGGCUAAACUCUCCCGUUCGGACGUUUGCUCAAAUAUCGUCUUUUGGGUGGGCAUACGAUACGCAAGGAGUGGUUGCUACAAUGCACCAUCCGCCGCGAAGCGUCUUUGAGAACCCAAACACCACUGCUUAUCAACGGUUUUUACCAACUGGGCCCAUUGCAUUCUUGCCUCUGUCCCCUACUAUGUCCUCGCUGGUGUGGUCCACCAAAACGCCAAUCGCUGCUGCCCUCAAAGCAUGCGAACCUUCCGUUCUUGCCCGAAUGAUUAAUGCUGCAUUCCGGCUCCCUGAAGUGUCUUUACAAUAUCUCUACAACCGGAUUCUGGAGUCCCAAAGUUUAGGGAAACUAAUAACCGAUUCUGAAAUGCGCGACGAAAUACGAUGGCGAGAACAAUCGCAUGCUGUUGAUCCAAAUUCUGCUUACUCGUCCUCUGCAUUUGAUGCGCCCCCGACUACACCUGGAAUCCCCCCAAGCGACUCACAGAUGAUUCCUCCGUUGGUGACAUCUCUGCAGAAUGGGUCUGUCGCGUCAUUCCCCUUGAGGUUCAAUCACACCGAGGCCUAUAUCGGGGAAGGGAAGGGUGCUCGUACGGUGCUUGUCGGAGAUGCUGCUCAUACGAUUCAUCCCAUGGCUGGACAAGGUCUUAAUCUUGGAUUAGGUGAUGUAGAGUGCCUCGCAAGAUGCAUAGAAGAUGCAGUGGUAUCAGGUGGAGAUGUUGGCUCUUAUACCGCCCUUCUGCCCUAUACGCAAGAACGAUACUUUGCGAAUCACAAGGUUAUGACUGCUUGUGACAAAUUGCACAAGCUUUAUUCAUUCACUGCUGAGCCGAUUGUUUGGGCAAGGUCGAUGGGGUUGGAAGUGGUUAACGAGUUUGAUUCUGUCAAAGCUGCUCUUAUGAUGACGGCCGGAUCUAACCCUCGAAUGCAUCGGUCGUCAACUAACAUCAAUGGAGGUGUUUCUCGGACAGUGUUCGAUGUAGCAGCUGCUGGAUUGCAGAAAGUUGACGCAGCUAACAGUGCUGUACGGGCGAUUCGAUCGGGCAUACUUGGUUUCGCUGCUGGUGGAUUACAGGCGAUAGCGAAAGCAGCAUCAGAUGCUAGAGAGAAAGACGCUAAUAAGAUGGAUUGA